AUGUUCAAGUUCUGCAAAACUGCUGCCGGUGGUGCAGGACUUUCAAGAGAAGACACGAGAGAGCUCAUUGACGUUGUGAUGCAGGCCGUUGAGAACCCACAGAGAGUGAAUCUGAGGUCCCUUGCGGAUUUCGACCGUUACGAGAAGGCAAGAAUAACGGAGCUCUGUCCUCCUGUGCUCUGCCCUGCUCUACCCUCCCCUGCUCUACCCUCCACUGAUCUGUCCUCCCGUGCUUUGCUCUCUCGUGUGCUGCCCUAUCCUGCUCAGCCCCCCCCCCCCCCCCCCCCCCCCCCUACUCUGCUCUCCCUGCUAUGCCCUCCUAUGCUCUUUCCUCUCCUGCUCUGCCCUCCCAUGCGCUGCCCCCCCCUGCUCUGCCCUCCCCUGAUUUGCCUUACGUGCUUUGCCCUCCCAUGUGCUGCCCUCUCCUGCUCUGCCCCCGCCCUACUCUGCCCUCCCUGCUCUGCCCUCCCCUGCCCUCCCGUGCGUAAAGUUUAUGUGUUUUGUCCUCCCUGCUCUAUCCUUCCCGGCGCUCCCCCCCCCCCCCCGGUGCUCUGUCCUUCCGUGUGCUGUCCUCUCCUGCUCUGCCCUCCCGUGUGCUGUCCUCUCCUAAUCUGCCCUCCCGUGCUCUGCCCUCCCCUGCUCUGCCCUCCCCUGCGCUGCCCUCUACUGUUGUGCCCUCCCAUGUGCUGCCCUCUCCUACUCUGCCCCCUUCCUACUCUGCCCUCCCUGCUCUGCCCUACCCUGCCCUCCCACGCUAUGUCUUUAUGUGUUUUGUCCUCCCUGCUCUGUCAUUCCCUGCGCUUCCAUCCUCGUGGUCUUUCAUCCCGUGUGCUUUCCUCUCCUGCUCUGCCCUCCCGUGUGCUGCCAUCUCCUACUCUGCCCUCCUCUGCUCUGCCCUCCCCUGCUCUGCCCUCCCCUGCUCUGCCCUCCCCUGCUAUGCCCUCCCCUGCUCUGCCCUCCCCUGCUCUGCCCUCCCCUGCUAUGCCCUCCCCUGCUCUGCCCUCCCCUGCUCUGCCCUCCCCUGCUCUGCCCUCCCCGGAUCUGGAAAUCCGGUGCUUAUCUCUCUUGUAUGCUUCCCUAUCCUGUUCAGGCCCCCCACCCCUGCUCUACCCUCCCUGCUCUCCCAUCCCCUGCCCUCCCCUCUCCUGCCCUCCCGCCCCCCAUCCCUACUCUACCCUCCCUGCUAAGCCAUCCACUGCCCUCCCGUCCCCUGCCCUCCCGUGUUCUGGGUUACUGUGCUCUGCUAUCCCUGCUAUGCCCUCCCCUGCUCUGCCAUCCCCUGCUCUGCCCUCCCCUGCGCUGCCCUCUACUGUUGUGCCCUCCCAUGUGCUGCCCUCUCCUAAUCUGCCCCCAUCCUACUCUGCCCUCCCUGCUCUGCCCUCCCCUGCCCUCCCACGCUAUGUCUUUAUGUGUUUUGUCCUCCCUGCUGUCAUUCCAUGCGCUCUGGUGCUAUGUCUUACUGUGGCUGUCCUCCUUGCUCUGUCCGCCCCCGCGCUUCCCUACCCGUGUGCUGCCCUCUCAUGCUCUGCCCUCUCCUGCUCUGCCCUCCCCUGCUCCUCAUAG